AUGCUUAUGUUUGGAGAAACUCUGAAAUAUCACAGCAUCUUUCAUAAUAGAGGAGAGGCUGUCUGGUUACUUGAUAAUUUUGGAUAUCCAUUAAGACCUUGGCCUUGGCUUUUAACUCCAAUUGUAAAUGCUGUACCUGGUAGUGCAUAUGAGCAUUAUACUAAUAUACCCUGUCUCACACGAAACACUGUGGAAUGGUGCAUAGGAGUCUUAAAAGCAUGUUGGAGAUGUUUACUGGCACAUAGGGUACUGCAUUAUAACCAUCACAUGGUGGCUAAGAUUAUGAAUGCAUUUGCUCUCUUGCACAAUAUCUGCAACAGACAAAGACUGCCAGUACCUCAGUUGCCAAGCUCUGACACAAUGGACGACCAGAAUUGUCAAAUUCCACAGCAACCAUUGCAGGGUGUUGGGGUUGGUGCAGAACAACAAUUCUUAGCUAAUGGUCAGCAACAAAGGGAACUUAUUGUGCAACGAUUACGGUCUGAGCCUAGGCCAUAA